CUAAGACAUAUUAGCAAUUCCAUUAGUAACCGUUGGAUACCAUUCAGUGGCGAAGAUGAAUCCGGUAUAAAAUCGAUGAGGCAUACACCAAUCUGGCUAGUUCAUUGACAAUGAAGCUAAUGUUCCUACUAAUAUGUGCCACAUACUGGCUGACGAUUCAAGUGCAUGGAAAAAUCAAGUUCGGCGCCUCGCCUUUGUUCGAGAACGUCUUCCUAUCAUCAGAUUUCGAUCAGAAAAACCUGGCAGGAUUAACGGAAUCGGAAUCGCUCAACUGUUUCCCACCAGCGGAUCGUCAUCAUCGAUAUGAAUGGGCCGGUGGAUUCAAUCAAAAUCACAUUUUGGAUGAGCUGGAGAAACCUCCGGAAGAAACAAACGACGGAAGUGGUUCAGAGAGUGAAGCUUUUGACGAGGACCGUCUGAAGAAACGAAACGAUAAGCAUGGUGAUUUAGCAUCGGAUUUAUUCUCUCAAUACCCGUCGUCGUGUGCCUGUCAAACUAAGUACGAAUUGCUGGAUCUAACAUACACACAUUUUCCACGCUAUGUAGUCAAUGCCGUCUGCCAGAAUAGGAACAUCAACAGUCGUAAGUGCUGGCGUGGAUCUCGCUGCAAAGAGAUUCCUUACAAAGUGCGCGUCCUGACUAUGCGUGCAGAAGGAGAGUCCAUCGAGCAGGACCACCACUCCACGUUACUUCCGGAACCGUUGCGAGACAUGUGGCGAUUCAAAACCAUCACCAUUGCUGCGGCUUGUCAGUGCUCGAUAUAAAUGUACGGAUAGUAACAAAUGAAAUUGAUAAUGAAUGACUGAUGGUAUGCCAUUUCCUGAAGCGUUUUCUUCCGCUAAAUAAUUUUCUGGAAACGUUCUGGAAAGUGGUAUGUAAUAUCACCGAAUACUUUGUCAAAUCAUUAGAUGCCUCAAAAUAUAUAUGUUACAGUAUAUGUAACAAGCAAUGAACUAUGUUCUUUUUUCUUUUGUAGAGUCCAGACACUUGUGAAUAAUCAGUUUUAAAAAGUUAUUAAAAUCAAUCAAUCUUUCUACAGGUGUCACCAAGAAAUAUGAAGCCUAGAAAUAAUCUACGCAAAGUCCAACAGUUUAUUCUGUGUUUAAGUUGAUUCUCAAAGCUUUUCCUGUAAUCUAUUAAUAAGGCUGUCACAAUAAGGUAAUGAAAUUGUAAACUAA